AGCAGCCCACAGCAGAGCGGGGCGGCGCGGGCGGAGGAACCGGGCGCGCUUUGGGGAGGACAGAACUCACCUCCUCUGCGGCGCCCAUGGGGACAGAACGACUUUAAAGGAGUUUGGGGGGUUCUGACGACCCGCUGGGCGACCACGGAUCCGGCGAUUCCUGCCCUCGCCUCGCCCUGUCAUUGAUGGGAAAUCAACUGGAUCGCAUCACCCACCUGAAUUACAGUGAGCUGCCUACCGGGGACCCCUCGGGGAUCGAGAAGGACGAGCUGCGCGUCGGGGUGGCUUACUUCUUUUCGGAUGAGGAGGAGGACCUGGACGAGCGAGGCCAGCCAGAGAAGUACAGCGUGAAGGGCUCCGGCAGCCCUGGCCAGGAGACGCCCACCCACCACCUCCACCACCAGCUCGUGCUGAACGAGACCCAGUUCUCCGCUUUCCGCGGCCAGGAAUGCAUCUUCUCCAAGGUCAGCAGCGGCCCCCAGGCUGGGGACCUGAGCGUCUACUCGGUGUCAGCGCUGCCUGCUCUCUGCAAGCCGGGGGACCUGCUGGAGCUACUCUACCUGGGGCCGUCGGAGCAGCCGCCGCCGCACUGGGCAGUGUACGUGGGCAGCGGGCAGAUCAUCCACCUGCACCAGGGGCAGAUCCGCCAGGACAGCUUGUACGAGGCGGCCGCGGGCAACGUGGGCCGGGUGGUGAAUAGCUGGUACCGCUUCCGCCCACUGGUGGCUGAGCUGGUGGUGCAAAACGCCUGCGGGCACCUGGGCUUAAAAAGCGACGAGAUCUGCUGGACUAACUCCGAGAGCUUCGCCGCCUGGUGCCGCUUCGGGAAACGGGAGUUCAAAGCCGGGGGGGAGCUGCAGGCUGCUGCCGGCACCCAGCAGCAGUACUAUCUCAAGAUCCACUUGGCGGAGAACAAAGUGCACACGGUGAGGUUCCACAGUCUGGAGGAUCUAAUACGCGAGAAGCGCCGAAUCGAUGCCAGUGGCAAACUGAGGGUGAUCAAAGACCUGGCUAUAGUGGAUGGGAAAGAAUAGUGCGCAGUGGGGUACAUGGCUAUCUUCCUUCUGCCCUGCUGGGGAACCCAGCCUGCCACAGGGGCGGCCGGCUGCACCCUCUUUCCAUGGGACGCGACUGAAAGCAGGAUCCAUGGCAACAUUCCAAACAAACAGCGUUCUUUACACCCAUAGCCAGUAUUUUGUUUGGCUUUCAAUAGUGUUAAUGCUGAAAGAGCGCUUGAGAGAGAGGAAGAAAAGAGGGGGGAGGUGCACGAAGGCUGUUCUCAGUGUGUGGACAAAGUCUCUCCUGUUAAUCGAUGUUGACCAUUCUAGCAACACGCUAAUAAAAUUUCAAAUUGAAAUUUUUUUUUUAAUUUUUAUUUCAUGGCUUUAAUCCAUGACAAAUUUUAAACAUUGGGGGCCAUGGAUGUGGAUUUAGCUAAAUGAGUUCUUAGCUAAUGUUUGCCUUGCAGCCAACUAAAAGCAUCCAUCAUACUUUGCUAGUUGGAAGGGGUUGCAGGUGGGGGAGUUGUAAAUGCUUGUUUGUUUUGUUUCUCAACACUGUUGCUUCAGCCCAUAGCUGCAACGCAAAUUUUGUCCCAGCCAACUUUAGUGAGACAUCAGCAGGGGAAAAUGCUUUCACAUUUCUGGUUGAAGCUGAUCACGUUUAAAUGUCUUUGCUUUCUGUCUGCAGCUCUCUGCUAAAUGUUAUCAUAAUUUAUAAGCUGCUUCUACCACCACUUUUUUUAAUGUUCUUUUAUUUUGUGAAAAAGUUGGUAAGCAGCUGUUGCCUUGAAACUAAAUUUGCUGGUUGAAGGUGUAUUUUAGAGAACAGUGUACUCAGUGUUGGUCCUUGGAGAUCCAGCCUCUAGACUCUUAUGCUUGGGCUGUGGGUUUGUAUCGCUGUAGUGACUCUCAUUGCAACACUGCAUCACUACCUCUUCAUGCACAAAUCAACAGAAUCCUGCAAGAAACAAAUAGGUUUGAAUUCUGCAUGUUGUCUUUUUAAACAGCAAUUUAUUACAUAGUUACAAUUCCACUUGAAGUAUAUGUAAUGUGGCCAAGUUCAUCUUGCAAUUCAUAUUCUAAGCAACUAAGAAUCCCAUUCAGUCUUAAGUUUAAGAAUCCACAGCUGCAUUUAAGAUGCCUUUUAAUGUGAUGUGGGUAAUGCCUUGUUGUAUUUCAGAUCCAAUUCACUCAUUGCUUAACUCGCAGUUUUGAAGUGGAAGAUCAAAAUAUUAAAUAUACGUAAAAUCUAAAAAAUUAUACUGGGGCAUUUCUAAAUCUGUAUUCUAUUUUUAUUACUCUGAGCUGCGUACAACUUGUAAUAAGUGAUUUGUCUUUGCAUGUUUCAGUGCUGGAAAGAAAAUGCAUUUGUUUUUGUCCCCUCUUCGCACAUCAAUGUCAGAUGACAGAAUAGAAGCAACACCCCUGUUCUGUAUGUACAAUACACUCCACCCCCUAUCAAUGUACUGUAUCCUGGCUCCUUUUUGUAUUAAACAAUGUAAUUAGCAACCUUGAUGCAACAGUAACUUCAUUUCUACAAAGGGUUUGCCUCCCAUACCUGAAGCUGUGAGGGUGGAGUGUAGUUCACUAUAAGUAUCAGCAUAAAUAUGUUUAAAAAAAUAAAUAAAUACACUCUUUCAGUGAAGGUCAUCAAA